GUCAAAAUCGUCAUCGUUGCAUAUGGCGGGCGUCAAUAACGUAAGUACAUAUAAUGAUGCACCAGAAAAUUCCAAUAACAAUGUUGAGCAAACUAACAAGACUGAUGAUUCAGACRACAAAGAUGAUUCGUUGCAGAACGUCAUCGAUAGUGAGCUGUCCAAACGAUUUAACGAAAGUGAAACUCCAGCCAGUCGUGUUAAAUGCAGUGUAGACAUAAUGCUAACUGCAGAAUCAAUACAUAGUGACAGUGUUGAACAGUUAAAUGACGUAGAAUACGUAGACCUCAAGUCCUUAAAAUCGAACGAAUACCAAGUCCAAAAAGACACGAGUGAGCUUUUUCUGUUGACCGAAAAACAACAUACAGAAGAGACUAGUGAUACGGGUCUCGGUUCUGAAAUCGUUUUGGAACUUGAACAAGAUAUUGAUAAUGAUGGUCCAUUAUCUGACACUAUAAGUAGUGGUUUCGAAGAAGAUGGUAAAACGAAAGAGCUUGUGGUCCAGGAUCCUUCUCAUGUAGAAUUAGAGGAACCUCGUAUUUUUUCUAGACCCCUACCGAUUGACGAGACAGAUAAUGUAACUGAAUUGGUAUUUKAUACAUGGACCACGGUUGAUGAUAUUGUGGAAUCAGAUAUUAAAAAAACCGAAUCAAAUGGUUAUGGUGAAAACUUGACCAUUGACAUCAGUACUGCUUGCCUUAACCAAGAGUGUUUUGAUAUUAAUACACCAGCCAUAACUAACAGCGUUGUGAGUUUUUGGGAUUAUAAUAAUAACAAUAUUUAUACUACUAAAUACCAAUAUAACUUGAGAUUUUUUCUGGCUCUUAAGGACUUGAAAUCAAGUUUUGGAAAAUUUGAUCAGCUGGAAAAAAAAAUUAUCCUUCAACAAAGAUCUCCUACAGAAUCUGAAAAAAUCGAUACUAAACAAAAUGGUGUUUUACGUCAGGAAGUUAAUUCUAUAUGUAAGUCAUGUGAAAAGACUGUGUAUGCUAUGGAACAAAUAAAAGCGGAACGUCAGGUUUGGCACAAGAACUGUUUCCGGUGCACAACAUGCAAUAAACAGUUGACGCUCGAUAUUUAUAGUAGCCACGAAGGUAUAUUGUAUUGUAAACCACAUUUCAAGGAGUUAUUUAAGCCAAAAGUAGUAGUUGAGGACGAAGAACCAAUUAGACGCAAGAAACCAGAAAUGAUAAUACGUGAAAAUCAGCCCUUGGAAUUACCACCAGACGUGGUUAGAGCAAGYGAUAAGCCGGAUUUGGGUUUAGAAGAAUUGAGUUCUUUAAACGUGAAAUCUCGUUUUCAAGCUUUUGAAAACGCCACCACUAAUGGUAAUAGCCACAUGGAAAAAUCGCCAGUCAGUGUUAAACGUUCACCAAGUAUACUGAGUAAAUUAGCUAAAUUUCAGUCUAAAGGAAUGGAUGURGGAGUUGCAAAUGAUGAUUUAAAUGGAGCAUUCUUUGAGCCCUCGUCAAGCAGUGACACGGAAGAUGAAGAUCCCGGAAAUGAUAUCUUAAAAAAUAGUAUUUCUAAAGAAAAACCAAUGAGUUUUGAUAAAAUGGAGUCCGUUAAACGUAACUGGGAAAUGCGCCGAGAAGAAAUGAAAGAGGAACAUAAACAAGAAAUACAAAACAUAAGGUCUAAAUUAUUUGCGGUUAGUCAAAAAAUUCAUU